CCGGUACUCUCGGUUCUGACUCGGGGUCACGCUCCCGUGAGUAACGUCAGCUCCUGCGGGAACCGGACUGCGGCUGCAGCCUCCAGCAACCGCCACACGGCUUUCGAGGAAAGAUGGCGACCCAAGUCCUUCAAACAGUGGGUAGAGGCCUCAAACAGACGAGAAGCGUGCUUCAUGCGAGCAGCCCGGUGAACGUCGCCCUCAGGAGCCUCUCAAAUGUUGGUGAUGAAAGCUGGUUCAAAUCCCUUUUUGUUAGAAAAGUCAUCCCCAGAAAAGAUGCUCACUCUCACCUGCUUGCCAAAAAAGAAGACAACAACCUGUACAAAAUACAGUUUCACAAUGUCAAGCCUGAGUGCCUUGAUGCUUACAAUCAACUUUGUGAGGACGUCUUGCCUUCCAUUCACACUGACCCUGAAUACCCCUGUGAGCUUGUAGGCACCUGGAACACAUGGUAUGGGGAGCAGGAUCAGGCAGUUCACCUGUGGAGAUAUCGGGGAGGAUACCCGGCUCUCACCGAAGUCAUGAACAAACUCAGGCAGAAUAAGAAGUUUAUGGAGUACAGGAAUGAGAGGGGGAAGAUGCUGCUGUCUCGUAGGAACCAGCUGCUGCUGGAGUUCAGUUUUUGGAACGAACCCGUCCCUCGUCCAGGACCCAACAUCUAUGAGCUCCGAUCAUAUCAACUCAGGCCAGGGACAAUGAUUGAAUGGGGAAAUUACUGGGCUCGGGCUAUUGAGAUUCGCCAGCAGAACCAAGAGGCGGUGGGAGGCUUUUUCUCUCAGAUUGGAAGUCUGUACACAGUUCACCACUUAUGGGCUUACAAAGACCUGCAGUCCAGAGAAGACACCAGAAAUGCAGCCUGGCAGCGUGACGGCUGGGACGAGGUUGUUUAUUACACAGUCCCUCUUAUUCAGCACAUGGAGUCUAGAAUAAUGAUUCCCAUGAAGACUUCGCCCUUGAAGUAACUACUAACACCUGGGGGACCACCAGCCGCCACUGCAACUAUUACACUGAUCUGUCGAGAGUGUAACCAACCAUCAAAGUGUGCACUGCCAGGGAAAUCGGCUCAACAUCAACACAAUCUUGUCUCCUUUCUUUUGGUUUCUUUUCUGUUUGGAUGAUGAGGUCAAAAUGAUUGUCACCAAAACUGUACCUGUUACAGCAGUUACUGUGUUACUGACCUAUUAAUGUGGUGUGUUUAUGAUUUGGGGGCACACUCCUCUUCCCUUUCUGUCAUUUAAAGAGUGUUUGAAAUGUCUUGUCUGUCAUUUUGUUUCUUUUCUUUUCCUUUCUUUGUUGUUUGUGUGCUGGUCACAGGGCCUGAAAAAUAUCUUUAAAUGUACAAGAAAAUUUAAUAUGAUUUUAAAGUCCUGAAACAAAAUGACGAUCACCAGUGUCUUACAGCAGAAAAUGUGAGCUCACGGUAGCUCACUGUCAAAAUCACAUGGCUUAAAAAAACAUAUUGAGUGGUCAGUUUCACAGAGAUAAACCUGCAGUUUAAAGUUCAGUGUUUUUAAAAUGAGCACUAAAGCUAAGUUGCAGGUUUUGGUCUGUGUUUCAGAGCCACAAUCUCACUCCAAGUUCCUAUUGUCCACUCCUCCUUUGUUGCACAGCUUCGAUCCAGCCAACUUGGUGUUUACUCCUUUCAGAAUAAUUUGACUGGAUGAACCAAUUCCUGUCAACAAUACUGUAAUGAACAUGCACACAAGUUGCCAGCUCAUCGUUUUUAGUCUCACCAGAAUCAUGAAUGCUGAAUUUGAAUCAUUUGCCUUGUUUUUUUUGUUUUUUAUUUUAAACUGACCACAACUCCUGAUUCUUCAAACUGUGACAUAUGACACACACGCCUCUUUCAGAGAGAAGACAUGUUUUUGAAUCCAGCGGAACUAAUCUGUAUUUACAAUACAGCCUGCUGUACACUUACUGACAAGUUUGGCCUUUCCCUAUAUCAAGUAGAUAAUGUCUGGGUGAUUGUAUGCUCUGACUAAGAUCAAUGUUUUCUUUCUUUCUUUUUUUUUCUUUUUAAAUGGGCGGACUGUAGAUAUACAUAGUGGGAUUAUUGGCCAAACCGUAGAUACAGACCCUCCUGAAUCUGAAUGUGCAGGGUCUUCUAUUACCCAGCGGGUGUUGAUAAACCUGUGAACAGGAGAGUCGUAUCUUGUGUGAUAAAUUGUAAAAUGCAGUGCUUUAAUAAGAUUAGUUGUACAUAUUUAAUUAAACUUCUGAUAAAAAUUAA